ACGAGUCGUAUCCCUUUUUCUCUUGAACUGAGAGAGAGACGACAGAAAAAUAAUUGCUUCGACUCAGGGGAAGGAGAGCUUCAUUUCAUCUUCUCGGACAUGGCGAUAUCUGGGAAUCUGAGGAUCUCCGCAAGCUUAGUAUCUCCUUAUCAUCACCAUCCUAAAUGCCUCUCUUUACCUUCUUCCAAGGUUUAUUUCACAAGCAAUGUGGCAAACAGUUUUGAAAAGCAGAAAGUGUCGAUAAGCCUCGGAAACAGACGUGGUGAAGCGAAGGUUUUAGCAAGGAACAACACCACGGCGGGAGACUACGAGCUAUCACCAAGCCCGGUUCAGCAAGAGGUAGAGAGCUUUCUCUUGAACGCCAUCAACAUGAGCUUCUUUGACCGGUUAAACCUAGCGUGGAAGAUCAUCUUCCCUUCCCACGCGUCGAGGAGAAGCUCCAACGCGAGAAUCGCGAAGCAGAGGCUCAAGAUGAUUUUAUUCUCGGACAGGUGUGAUGUUAGCGACGAGGCUAAAAGGAAGAUCGUGAACAACAUUGUUCACGCGCUGUCGGAUUUCGUGGAGAUUGAGUCGGAGGAGAAAGUUCAGCUUAACGUCUCCACGGACGGUGACAUCGGGACUAUUUACUCGGUCACGGUGCCUGUUAGGAGGGUGAAAGCAGAGUACCAAGACGUGGAUGAGGCGGGAUCGAUAACUAACGUCGAGUACAAAGAUACGGUUGAUGGUUCCGUGGAUGUCAGGUUCGAUUUUUAUGUUCCAGAGUGAUAACUAGGCAUUGUCUUAUUAUUAGAGUUAUUUUCUUGAACUAUGUCUUUGUUUGUUUGUUUUCGUGUUGCUGUUAUUCAAGUUUUUUAGUCUGUGAGGGAACUAAGACAGUUUCUUGACACUCUCAUUUGUAUAUAUAUGCGACUUCUCUCUUCAAAGUUCUAUCAAAACCUAGGGUCCUUUUCUUA